UAUGGAACUGGGGGAGGUUCUUGAAUUACUAUUUGCUUAUAUCUUUGUUGUUACAUAACAAAGAAGUUUCAUAGAAACACAUGAGAAGAAGGUUCAAUCAUACAUGCAACACUAUAAAUACAUAACUUUUCUGUCACCUUUCAAUGAUAAAAGAUUGGUGCAUUCUCAAGGCAUCAUACUCUUCUUGAUUGAGCUGCUAUCAUGGACGAUAACGGUAUCGCGAAUAAUAAUGCGGUCAAGAACAAGUGGUUAAUGCCUCUAUCAGUUUUCUUCAAAGAUGCAAGCCUUGUAUUCAAGAUGGACACACUAGCUAAGGAGAUUCUUGGGAUUGCAUUCCCAUCUGCACUUGCUGUUGCUGCUGAUCCAAUUGCUUCUCUUAUCGACACCGCAUUCAUCGGCCACUUGGGGCCGGUGGAACUUGCGGCUGCUGGAGUUUCUAUUGCGGUGUUCAACCAAGCUUCGAGGAUUACCAUUUUCCCUUUGGUCAGUAUUACAACCUCCUUUGUAGCUGAAGAAGAUACUAUUAAUAAAAUCAAUAGCAUAGCAGCAGAAAAGCAAUCCAAUGAAAGCAUUAAGGCAAAGACCAAUGGAGUGAUACCUGAUGAUCAUUUGCUUCAAGACAUUGAAGCAGGUGCAACAAAACAGGAUGGUACCUUGAAAAACGAGACGAAAAAUGGAGAUGAUGCUAAUUUGAAUACAAGCAAGUCUUCUAUUGUUACUAGCAAUGGUAACAAGAGUGAGUCAAAACCUAUAAGAAAGAAGAGGCACAUUGCUUCAGCAUCUACAGCAUUACUUUUUGGCACAGUCCUUGGCCUUAUUCAAGCUGCAACCCUUAUAUUUGCAGCAAAGCCUCUAUUAGGUGCAAUGGGUUUGAAAAGUGAUUCUCCGAUGAUGACUCCGGCUACUAAGUACCUAAGGUUGAGAGCAUUAGGUGCUCCGGCAGUGCUUCUCUCUUUGGCCAUGCAAGGAAUCUUUAGAGGGUUCAAAGACACCACAACUCCUUUAUUUGUCAUUGUUUCCGGAUAUACGUUGAAUGUCGCUUUGGAUCCACUACUUAUCUUUUACUUCAAAAUGGGCAUCAGAGGUGCAGCCAUUUCACAUGUGCUCUCUCAGUACAUUAUGGCAACUCUCCUCUUGUUUAUAUUAAUGCGAAAAGUCGACCUCGUACCUCCAAGCAUGAAGGAUUUGCAGAUUUUCAGGUUUCUUAAAAAUGGUGGUCUGCUGUUGGCCAGAGUUAUAGCAGUGACAUUCUGUGUCACCUUAUCGGCCUCACUAGCAGCGCGGUUAGGUCCGAUUCCAAUGGCCGCAUUCCAAACUUGCCUCCAAGUUUGGAUGACAUCUUCCCUUCUCGCUGACGGUUUAGCUGUUGCAAUACAGGCAAUUCUAGCAUGUUCAUUUGCUGAGAAAGACUACGUUAAAGUGACUACUGCUGCAACAAGAACGCUACAAAUGAGUUUCGUUUUAGGAGUUGGACUUUCUCUGUUAGUUGGAGGUGGAUUAUACUUCGGAGCCGGAGUAUUUUCCAAAGACGUUGCAGUUAUUCACCUAAUCAGACUAGGCCUCCCGUUUGUUGCUGCUACACAACCGAUCAACUCGUUAGCCUUUGUCUUCGAUGGUGUGAACUAUGGAGCAUCUGAUUUUGCUUACUCUGCAUAUUCCUUGGUCUUGGUCUCGUUAGCAAGUGUUACUUCUUUAUUCUUUCUCUACAAGACUAAGGGUUUCAUCGGUAUCUGGAUCGCAUUAACCAUCUAUAUGAGUCUUCGCAUGUUCGCUGGAGUAUGGAGGAUGGGAACGGGAACAGGACCUUGGCGUUUUCUGAGAGGCCACUCGCUGUCUUGAUGAUACAUCUUCCGAAAAUAAAUUUCAUUGUGUAGCAUUACGUUUUACAUUAAGGAUCAUAUGUCAGUAUUUUAGGAUAACAAGACUAGUCUCUACUAUAGCGACGGUCUUGGAACGCUCCAUUUUUACGUGCAAGUGCUAUAUCUAGUAUCGUCAAUAUUGCCAAUUGCAGAUUGCGGAAAAUAGUGGUUUGUUCAAACUCCGCGACACUGCAAUGCUAUAACCGCUAUUAAACAAAACUUUGUAAUAAGUAGUUCAAAUUACGUUGCGCUAUAGCGUUGUAGUGUUGCUAUGGCCACUAUUUGACAGCAAUGAGCAUUGUUAUCUCAUGUUUUUUCUCUCUCUUUUGAUGUAUCAUCAAUGUAAUUUUGUUGUUGUAUUUUGAAGAUUACUCUUCCAGAUGUUAGUAUGUAAACUCGAAUGCAUAAUGAAAAAUAAAUUGCUUUACAGUUCAGUUUCAUUCUCUUU